AUCUGGUUAAACAAGUGAAUGUAAAAAUGGGAAUGGAAUGCUCUGCCGUACGGCAAGGCACGGUAACUCGAGGAGGGAGGACAUGUUUUCCUCCUAAUGUUUAUGCAUUAUCUGAAGGUACUUAUGUACAUGUUAAGUUAUGCUGUGAAGAAUAUGUAUGGCUGACAUCAAAGUUUUGUUGUCAAACUUUUUGGUAAUUGGUUUUGCAUGUACGUUAAACGUCGUAAUCAACUUCAAAACUUUUCUUCUUAUGGAAAUUUGUUGUGGUUACUUCCCUUAGACAAGAAGUGUGUGUUUUCACUUCCGCUUUGUGACCUCCGAAAUUACCAUAUGCAUUACUUAUCACGGGUCUGGGAAGUAUGGUGGACUAACAGGACGCUUGCGUUGGCCCGGGCUUGUUAGCAUAUUUUAGAUUUCAGACAAUUUUGUUACGUUUUUGCUUAUCUCAAGUCUUAGUUUUGUGAUUCACAACCAAUCUAUCUCCUUGUGGUUACUAAUUUCAUGUGAAAGGUGACUCAGCAGACUAUGUGUUUCGAAUCGGAAUUGUGAGGUGCUGCAGUGUCACACAUUGACAACGUACGGAGCCCAGCAGGCAUGUAAAAAAACCUUGUUGAGUCGGCGUUCACGGUGUAAAGUUAUCCACAAUCAAGGAGGGCGCCCGGCAAGUGUGUGAGCUCCCUGAACAUGAGUUCAACGGUCUAGUGCUCAACGCGCGCACGUUCAGCCUGGCCUCUGGUCGGUCCGACAUGAGUCAUCACGCGGGGGGCGGGCUGCCUGUUGUGCCGCCUCUGAGCCUCUCCGACAUGGACAGCGGGAGCGAGGAGCAGUGCGGGACGGGGGACAACAACAGCUCUGCCUUGUGUGACGGACGACGCCGCGGCAAGGACACGCCGCACUACACCUUGUCAGGCCUGCCACUGGCGGAGAUAUACCGCCACCACGACGUCCCAGGGGAAAAGAGCGCCGUGUCCUGCACGCUGCCUGAGUUCAAAUCCCGCCUGGAUCUGGGCCGGGGCGGCGGGGACGAGGAGGACUCUGGUCUGCCCGAUGCCUCUGGCGGCAGCUUCAAAACAAGCGUGAGUAACCCUACCAGUAGCGCGGACGGGGACGGAGAGGAGGAGGAGGAAGAGGAGGAGGAUGACAGCGGAGACGAGCGGGCCGGAGUCUUUGACUACACCCCGCAGCAACAUCACCACCACCACCACCAGCAGCAGCAGCGAAAGACCCAGCAUGUGCGCAUCACUCCCUCGCUCAACCCCCCGUACGACGAAGAGGUCAAGGUCGGCUCCAGCACGGGCGGCUCUAGCGUGGAGUCUCCGCGCUCCAACAAUUCUGUGACUAAUGGGGAGUACGAGAUGACCACCUUCUCUCCGCGGACCUCCUCCUUCCCGGGCCGGCGGGGGGAGGGGGACGAGGAUGAAGAGGAGGAGGAAGGAGUAGGAGGCCGGCUCAACGAGCACAGGCUUCUCUACUCCCGGCAGGACAAUAAGCACAAUAGCGUGUGCUGGCACUACACGGGCUCCGCCGACUCGGAGGACAAGCACUCGGACAACGAGGACAGAGACGACGACGUGGACGACCACUUCCUCACCUCCCACCGCUCCUCCUCCACCUCUACCGCCACCACCACCACCACCAGCGCCGUCACCCCGCACACAGCCUUCUCCCCCUCGGCCAGGCAGCCUCCCCUGAGGUUCGACGAGCGGAUUUCCAUGGGUCUGGACCGGCCGCAGAAGCAGGACGUGAUCUACGCCUCUUACAACAUGUGCCGGGACGGUCUCGCCGGGAUGGGCGUCAGCGACUCCAACAACAAGAAGAAAGACAAGAAGAAGAACAGGAGUAAAGAUGAGGGCGACAAGUCUGAGGUUUCUCCGCACCUGGAUGUGAAUGGCAACCCCCAGGCCCCCUCCUUGGAGAACUACUCACAAAUGCGCCAGCCGCCUGGAGGACCCAAGUCGGACGCUGCCUCUCCCCUGGCCAUCCCACCUGGCAGCCUGAUUGGCCAUGGCAGCUCCGGAGCUAACAGCUCUGGCCUGGGCCCAGACUCAGCCCAACAGAACGAGCUAGACCGCAAGCGGCUGCGCAAACAGCGCCGUCUGGAAAAACAGCAGCGGUUCACGCAGGUCUACAGCCAGACCAUUAAAGACUUCAAAGGGUACGAGGACCUCAACGACCUGGUGAACUUCAUCGAGGGCAACAAGAAGCAGCCCGUGGCCGCCGCAGAGCCAAAGUCUGGCAAGAAGAAGCAGGACCGGAACAAGAAGGAGUUGUUGAACGGCCCGUCCUUGUCAGCUGAGGGGAAGACUUCUGGACACAAGAACGAUGAGCUGUCUGUGAGCCCAGGCAAGGAUUCCGUGUUGAUCGGCAGCGUUGUUGUACCCAACAGGUCGCCACAGGGGGCCAUGGGAAACAGCUCUGGUCGGGGUACGGGAAACGACGCAGACUCCAACCUCAGCACCAGCACCACAAGGGAAAGUUUGGACAAAGGUGGCAGCAACAACAGCAGCGACUUCCACGACUGCCCCGACUCAUUACCCGAGUCGUCGUCAUCAUCAUCUCAAGACAUCACCAGUAAGGAGAUGACAGAGGUGAAGACAGCGGGUAACCGUAAACCAACGGAACUUUCCGUCAACAGCAUGAUGGGAGACAGCUCCAAACUUGUGCAUGUCAAUAAUAACAAGAAGUUGUCCAAGGCGAGUCGUGUGCCCGGCCGCAGAGAGAAGUCUGAGCCCCCGUCUGACAGCGAGCCUCUAAGCCCAAGACUGACCGCAGUCAAACCACGAGAGCUGAGUGAGCCCCAAGAUGGUGUGGUCAAGUCUGUGUGUGUUGAGACGACGUACAGCGUGGACUACAACGACACGCUGGACGGUCAACUGGAGCCAGGGGUGAAGAGAGAGGAGUCAUUCACCGAAGUGAAAAAGAAGAAAAAGCGUUCAAAUAUGAAGGAAAUCAACCACAUCCCCGGAAAUAACAAUUUCACUAACAAUUUCCCUAGUCACAACAAUAGCUUUUCUCCGACCUACCAGCCUCGUGGUGGCGGUGCACCAUACCGUGGGACCCAGCGCCCCCGCGCCACCACCCCUCCCCCAGUGUCUGUGAGCAGCCUCUCCACUACCACCACCACCAGCAGCCUGCCUGUUGACAAAGGGAGCCCCAUGGCCUCUCGAGACCUCAGCCCCAGCUCUUUCCCAGUGCUCUCUGGACACAGCCCACCAGGCCCCCGCGCAGACGGACGCCGAAACUCCUGUGGUGACAUCAGCACGGAGAGUAUGGACAACAAGGUUCUCUACGACAGCGAUAGAGAGUCGGUUAAAUCCCUGCCAGCCGCCCAUGGAGCUAAGCCCGCCAGUGUAGAGACAUAUUCGGCUUACCCUGUGUCAUACGCCCGUAUGGCGGCUGCCCCCAAACGUAUCGGAGAAACGGCCAUCAGUCCUAGCUCGGAGUCUGGGGUGGCCAGCGGCUCCCAGAACAGUAGCAGUCUCUCCAGCAGUGCGGCCCACACCCCGGGAAGCAGUAUCGAUAUCAAUUCACCACCAUCGCCUAGCAACCCCGUGGUGACCACACCCGAGAGAAAGACCACUGUUUGGAAGGGUAGCCCCCGCGAACGUCGUCACUCUAUCGGGUCCAGCCCAGAGGAUCUGGCAGAGUGCGACAAGUCCUCCAUGAGCCAGCGUAACCGGCAGAAGAGUGGCAGUCAGGAGGUGCUCACCAGAGAAGGUUUGGCCGCUCCCACUGCUGUCCUCCCAUCCCCUCCUGUGAAAAAUAUUCAGGCCGCAGAGGCAGAUCUCAGCGCUGUGGAGGUCGCAGACUCGAAACCAACCCCUGCACAAGCCAGGUCGCAGGCUGCAGUCCCUGUUACCUCGGUCAGUAAACCAGCCCCAGCUAGCAGUACACCUGUCCCCCAGGCUGCUGUCAAUCCUCUGGGUAAACCCGUCCCCAGCAACACACCCCUCUCUGUGUCGUCAUACGCGACAGUGACCUCCACCAACCCCCAAAUAUCUGGCCCUCCCAGUGGUCCCCCCUCUCAGCCUCCAUCAGCACAGUCUGCUGUGGCUGCUCACAGUGCUGCUGGAAAGACACCAUCGUUGUUGCCGGGUGAGAAAUUAGAACUGGAGCCCAAUUCUCUCUUGGUCUCCAUUCCCACCCCCAACCAGAGCAAGUCUGUGCUGGAGGAGGAGGGCUCAGAAGUACACACUGACAAUUCCACCAGCAAGCUGCAGUCGGCCCCGGCUAUGGCUACCGGGGAGAAGUGCGUGGAGCCACAGUCCAGAAAACCUGUUGGUCCCAGCACCAACAACAACACCAGCGCGUCAAGGUCGGUGAUCUUCCUCGACAAACGUUUCGACGCGGCGCCCCGGCAGAACCUGGGCAUCACAUUCGGGUUUGAUUCCACGUUCGAGUCGAGUCCAGCCCCACCGCCAUCGUCUGACGCUGGCCCCGUAACUAGUCAGGCUGUCUCCAGUGCUGCGCAGCAAUCUCAGCCGUCAACGUCACCAGCGACAGCGACCAAUGAACAGUUCCCCCUGCCAGCCACCCUGUCAUCUCUGUUGCCAUCUUCCAGCCAGCUUCCCAGUGCCAAGCAGCCCGGGCCCCACGCACCCCAGGGACCCCACGCAUCCCAGGUGCCUGCACCUCACAUUCCUGCACAGCCAUCCGUGGCUACACCAACUUCUUUCUCUCGUUCCCAGUCCAGUUCAUCCUCAUCACCCCAGUGUCCCCCCCAACAUAGUGAUACUAGCAACUGUGGUAGUAAAGUGCCAAAAGCCCCCCACAUAGCGGGGCCCAGUAAUGGACUCAUCCUACCCUCCCCUCCCGCUGUGGCAAACAGUUCCAAACCACAGGCUUCUCUCGUCAGUGCUAGUUCCAAUGGUGAUAAUAAAACCAGUUACGGUGGCAGUAUUAGUGGUGUGAAGAACAGUGCAGGUCCAGGCUCUGCGACCAGUCGGACUAACAGUAAACCUGUGAGCGUGCCAGUCAUCCCAGCCCUGGCCGGUAGUAGUAUGAGUAGUAGCACACCUUCGCCCGCAGUGCCUCUGGCCCCCACCCAGCCCGCGAUGGUGGCCCGCCCUCCUCCCCCUGCCGGACUGAUCAGUGCGGGAGGUGUGGUCUUCUCCCCCAACCAUCCCCCACCCCCGCUCCCAGGCCAGAUGGGCCUACACGGGGGCAGCAACCACCAGGCCUCCGCCGCCAUUUCUACCUCGUCCUUAUCGUCAUCAAAAGCUGGUGAGCCAUCGGCAAACAAAGUGGGGCCUGCGACAAAAACCAACAACAACAGAAAGGGCAGCGGGAGCAGCCUAGGCCCCGCCCCGACCACGACCCCUUCGUCGUCAUCACCAUACUUGACCACAGGUGCUGGAGACUCUGGGGGGGCUACCGCUCUGGUCAACAUGAUGGUCUCGGCUCCUCCACAGGGCCCACAACCUACAGCGGUCACUGGUCACGGCCCACAGUUGCCCACACCGGAGAUGCUAAACACGGCAAUCCCUGUUAUCUACGGCAUGAAAAUUAAUCCCAAUGGAGGCUGUGGGGUGGUCAUGUACAGACCGCCAGAGCAAAUUGAUGCUAAAAAAGGGAAAAACAAUAAUGAGGCGUCAGGCUUUUUGAAAAAAAAAUGGUGUGAAAUCCGAGAGCCUACCAGUAAAAAUGCUCCAGUGUUCGUCACCGUCUCGGAGGACUAGAGGGGCCGGCGGUUAGGUCCUGUGAGGUGGUCACGCCCUGUAGUAAGGACAUCGCUACAGACUCUCGCGUUCUGCCCACUUUGUUACAAAAAGUCAGGAGGAGGAAGAGUGCCGAUUGAGAGGAGGAAGAGAAUCAAUUGAGGGGAGGAAGACAGUAGAUUGAGGAGAGAAAGAGAGCCGAUUGAAGGAGGAAGCAAGCACACUUUCUGAUCCAUUCAACGCAUUAUGCAACCGUUGUCAUGUCUUUACUAAGCCGAAUCACUGUUUCCUAAAGAUGUUAGAUUUUUCGGCGUCUUCAGUUUCUCGUCAUCAUCAUCGUCGUCAUUGCCUUCAUUAAAGGCACAGGCUUACAGCCACUGAUUUUAUCGACACAGUGAAUAAGCCGUCGGUGUGCUGGACUUCCCCUCUCUCCCUCCCCUCAAAAAUCAAGUGCAUUGCCUGUUGCUUGCGCUCCACCCGAGUGAGGCUGAAAUUCUGGGAGUAUUUCAUCAUCGUCAUUAUCUAUCGUUCAAGCUCAUCAGCGGGCAAUGUUUACAGACAACCAGUAUACCAUUUGUCAAAUACUUUCUGUGAGCUUUCACAGAUCAGUCGCUCCCGGUAACCCCCACCACCACCACCACCGCCACUGCAACUCCUUAUCUAUCCCCGGCGAGAGGAGUAGCCAGGGGUAGGGGUUAGGAUGGAGACAAUUGGGUGUGGGGCAACCGUGGAUGUGACAUGUUGUGAGUCACCGUGCUGCCCCCUACAGAUAAUCCACUCACCACAACAGGCGAUGGGUGAAUCGGAGCAACUUAUGUGUCUAUCUAGGUCAGACGUACCUUACCAGAACAGUGAAAUGACAACACAAUUCCCAGUUCCCAGGGCUUUCUCAAACUACUGUGUUUUAUUUUUGUUUUUUCAACAACUUGUUACGAGUAUAAUAACAACAGACCUUCCUGAGAGGGUUUUAUUUUUUGCUCGUAUGUUUUUCUGGCUUGAAUAGAAUGAAUGUGUCUGUGGCUGACAGUGAGGUUGAGUGAGUGCUUCAUUCUCCCUGGGGUGUUGAGGCAGAGUGUUUUGUGAAGAAAUCUCUCGUGUUCAAUGUUCCACGAUGUUCUCCCACACUGGUUUCUAAAGUGGUAUGAUGACAGUAGGUUCCUGGGUGUGUGUGGGCUUGUCCUGAAGUUAUUGCCAGGUUUGUGGGAAUGUAACGUUUUCUGAUGUAAGCCUUGUGUGGUCUGUGACAGGAUUGUCCUUUCCAUAUAUGGUCAUGGUGCUGCCAAUAUGGCUGAAUUCAUUUAUUGCACUUUUGAGAUAAUGUGGAAAACCCGAUUUUUUAAAAAUGUUUCACUUUUUUCACAAAAAUGGAAUUAUAUAAAUUUAGGAUAACAGCCCAGCACGUUUUGGAAAUUUAAAAAUUCCUAAACGAUGCACUAUGAGGAGGGGAAUUGCAAAUUGGUUACAUUCCAUUAUGGCUUAAAUCCAGUGUGGGCCAUAAAGGCAGCACCAUGAUGAUUAUCUUCUUGGGCGUUUGGCAUGACUGGAGACACCCUCCAGGGCUCUCUCUCUCUCUCCCAUGCUUCCCCUGUUGUUUUAAGGGAAAUCACACACAGAUUGUGGGAGAGAGGCAAAUGUAUACAGAGUUGUGGGGUUUUGCUUUGUGAGUUGGGAAGGGGGUGUCCCAUAGGUUCGUGAUGUCUGGCUUCCAGACCAUAAUCUUGCAAAUUCUCUAAGCAGUGGGGACAUCUUUUGGGGAAUGAAAUAACUUUUCUGUUAUCUGUUGGGGUUUUUUCUCUCUCCCUUGGAAAAAUUACAGAUUUUUCAAUGGGUCAACUUUGAACUUGGUUUGUUAAACUUUCCUUACAGUGGAAGACAGGGGGAGGGGUGUUAUAUACAGUUAGGAUAUAUAGUGUUAUGAACAUUUAAAUAAGAUAAGUGUUACUUACAGGUAGGAUAUAAGUUGGACGCGACUUGUAAUCAAACAAUAGUUAGUUGUGUGAGCCUCUGUGGGAACACAAGUUUUUCUGUUUGUGGAAGAAAGAAAAUGUUUGUCAGGGGGAUGUGCCGAGUUUGUGGCGGGAGUUGUUUGUCUACGAGAGAAGUUCUUUGUCUACGAGAGAAAACUCCAGCCUGUGAUCUCAGUAAGGGCGUGUUGAUGUGUCCGAUAUGUUUACAUCACAAACUUGUUUUUAUACAGUUUUGUUAUGUUUGUAUUUUAUGAGCUGGAGUCAACGUGUGAAUAGCUGGCCUCUACAGGGAGUGCAGACUGUUCUCCGGCUUUGUCUUCCCUCCUCAACUGGGGGUUCUGUGCGUCAUAUGGAACUUGCUGGUGUGUGAGACAAUGGUGUGGUACGGUUUAUCUCACCCCACCUCUUGUUGGGACUAGGUUGACUCUGGUGUGGUAUUGCUGCUUUUGAAAUUAUUGCGGUGGGUUUUAGAAUUCUGUAACGGCACAUGACAUAUCAAACUGAUUUUUCCUUUUCUUCCUGCCAAUUGCCCAUUUGAGUUUGUGGCCUGAUAAAACCUGGUGUAAGUCUAAUCCUCACUUCAUAGAUAGGAGUGAGCUCCAACAACGCAUGGAUGCCAUGGUGGAAAAUGUCCUCAAUGGGGGUCACAGAGAAUGCAAUCACAGGAAACAUAAAGAUGGCCAGACUAUAUAUAUGAACUUGCAUGAGGAUUGCGUGUUGGGGUAGAUUCUCAAGGGCGUCACUUUACAACUGCGUGGUACAAAUCGUUCGUUUGUUGCUUUCAUGAAUGUUGCGUGUAGGGGGUGCUCACGAGAAUUAUCACUUUCAUGAAUGUAGUAUGUGGGGAGUGCUUUAGAUUGAUUGCGAGUUCGUAGGGGGUGCUAGUGAAAGUGAAAAUUUUGACUUUCAUGAAUGUGGGUACAUAGUGGUAGAAUUACCACUGCCAUGAAUGCAGUAUGUAGGGAGUGCUAGUGGGAAUUGCCACAUUCGUGAAUGUUGUGUGUAGGCGUUGAAUUGCUGAGAGCUUAAUGUUUGUUGUAAUGAUGUCAGAAGUUGUAUCUGGUGCGAAGAUGUUUAGAACAGUCCAGGGAGGUUUCCAGCGGGCCGCCUGACAGAAAUAAAUGUUUGUGAAGUUUUUCCCCCCAUCUCUAGGUACAAGAUUUAUGACAGAUUAUUUAUUUAUUUUAUUGUUUUGGAAGGUAUAUAAACCUGAAAGUACAUAUGUAUGCUUAUAUGUUUUUCUUUGCUUUCCACACUGUUAUGCUUUAUUCUGAUGAGAUUUUUUUUUUUGGUUGCGUUAGUGUGUGUGUGUGUGCAUUUAAAAUGAAUACAAUGUUGUUAUGUUGUGGUUGAUGUUCUGUUUUUUUAUUUCCGCAUAUGAAUGCUUUGAUGUUUUAUGCAAACGUUAGCAGAGAGGAGGGAGAGGCGACGUGGUUUUAUGUCAAUUUGUUGGUUGGUAUGCAUACGGUAUUGUCAAGUUGUUUGAGAACAUAUUGCUGUUUGACUUGUGUGCCUCAUCAUUGCCAUGUUCUUGAUGUGCUGAACAUUCUCAGAGCUCUGUGUACGGUGUAAGUGUAAGUGAUUUGUGUGUUGUACAUUUGUGUCCUGUGUGUUUGGAUCGAGAGAUGGAACAGUGUCGUGGGGUGUGGCUCAUCAUUGCCAUGUUGUUUGAUAUAUGCUCCUCACACUUGGAGCUGUGUACAGUUCUAUGGUGUUGUGUUUGUGGCCAGGGGGAGAAAGGAAAAUGAAUCAGUGGCUGGUCUGUCUGUGUCUGUUAUUUGUCACUGGCUCCAAAGUCUGUGAGUCUGAUCACAAGAGGCUGUGGGCAACUACAGGCUCAGUUGUAUAGUUGGUCAAACUGCAGCGGGUUAGAAUUGGCAGGGAUGGAAGCUUACAUCUUAUCUGAGGUCUUGGGUUUUUGAAAUGGUGCUUGUUUGUUAUUGUAAGAACAGUUCUGGGAUGCUGAGUUUUGGGAAUGAGGAGAAUUCUCAGUUUUCAUGUUAACUCACUUGUAAAUCUUGGAAGUUUUAGUCAGGUUUGCAUCUUAAAGUUUUGCUUCUCCAUCCGCCUGGCUCUGCUCAGAGGAAUAAACAAAAGUAUAAUAAUGAUGUAAAUAGGGUAACCGGUGGUCAUUUCUGCAAAGUACCAGAAGGCAAAGGGGCAAGAAACAACAAAACAGUUGCACAGGGAAGGGAUGUGAGCCAAAGAAAGAGAAGUAAUCCGCUCAGCUUUCCGUUUCACACAGUCGAGGUUGACUCGUAUCACAAUAACUUUUGCCCUAUGGCCUCAUGGUUUUCAUCCUUUUUUUUCCUCUUUUGUGCGUUUUUGUAUCUGUUCGUGUCGCUUUUCUGAACAAGAACGCACCUGAAGGGAAGCUGUUUUAGAAGAUUAGGAUGGUUGUUUUGAGAAAGACUAACUGUGUAUCCCAGAGUUCCAUAUUUUAAUUCUUUAAUUUUAACUUUUUGUUUCCGGAGGGGGUUUUCCCCUCUCUCCUGGGGCCAUUUUGUAGAACAAAACGUGAGUGUGACGUAGACUCUACAUGUGGGUGGUUGGCGGGUGCUCUGGUGUGGUUUGCUCCUUCUUUCCUAUCUAACAUCUAUCGUCCUUAUCUCCCCUUCUUC